CAUAGAUUAGGACAUGGAUUGUGUGUGUGUGUGUGUAUGUGUGUGUGUGUGUCCACCCCCCUCCUCUCUUUCUCCCUGACACACACACUCUCUCUGUGAUUCAGAGCGAGUGAGCAUCGGUGCUCUCGUCGUCUUCUGCGUCUCUCACUCUCAUUUCUAAACGUCUGCACGUGUGUCUGUGUGUGAGUGUGUGUAUGUAUGUGUGUGUGUGAGUGAGUGCUUUUCUACAUAUGCUUCAUGUGUGUGUGUUGGUGAGGUAGCUACUGCUGUGGUGCUUUUAGUGCCGUCAGUGUUUUUCCUCGCAUGUCAGUGAGUGAAGCUCAUCAUGACUACAGUGAAGGAGUCGAGCGCUCCAGUGAAGGCAGCUCCGCACCAAGACCAGGAGUUGGUGGGCAGUAACCCUUCACAGAGGAACUGGAAGGGAAUAUUAAUCGCUCUGCUGGUUAUUCUGUUCAUCUGCUCUCUCAUCGUCACCUCCGUCGUCCUGCUCACACCAGGUGAAGAUGACAAUCUGGCCUUGAAGGGGAAAGUUACCCUGGAGGACAUUUUCAGGAAGAACUUCAGAGUUCAUGACCCUGAGGCUAAAUGGAUCAGUGAUGAGGAGAUUCUGUAUCGCACUCGUGAAGGUGAUGUGCUGAAGUUCAACGUGGAGACGAAUAAGAGCACAGUGCUGGUGCCCAACAGGAAGUUUGAAAUGUAUAAGGCCAUCAAGUAUGAGCUUUCUGCAGAUCUGAAACACGUUCUGCUGGCCUACAAUGUGGAGCCGAUUUAUCGUCACUCCUUCACUGCGUACUACAUCAUCUGUAGUUUAGAGACUCCGGAAACAUGGAUUCUGACUCCUCCAGAAGUGCGUAAUGCUCCUCUUCAGUACGCAGGAUGGGGACCACGAGGACAGCAACUGAUUUUUAUAUUUGAGAAUAAUAUCUACUACCGCUCCACCGUCGGGAGCCGAACCAUCCGCCUUGUUUCCACUGGCAAAGAAGGCGUGAUUUUCAACGGCCUUGGCGAUUGGCUGUAUGAGGAGAUGAUCUUCCAGUCCCAUGUGGCUCACUGGUGGUCUCCUGAUGGGACACAUCUGGCAUAUGCCUCCAUCAACGACAAUCUGGUGCCCAAGAUGGAGCUGCCCAUGUUCACAGGGUCACCGUACCCAACGAGCCGAGCAUACCAUUACCCCAAAGCCGGUGAGGAGAACCCCGUGAUCUCUCUGUAUGUGGUGAACCUGAACGGCCCUUUACACACCAUCCAGAUGAAGAGACCAGACGACCACAGGAUCCGAGAGUUUUACAUAACGAUGGUGAAAUGGGCCACAAACACGAAGCUGGCGGUGAAGUGGUUAAACCGAGCGCAGAACUUCUCCAUUCUGAGCCUGUGUGAGGCCACGACGGGAGUCUGUAACAAGAAACAUGAGGAUGAGAGUGAGACCUGGCUGGACAGACAGAACGAAGCUCCGCUUUUCUCUAAAGACGGCCUGAAGCUCUUCUUCACUUGUGCUGUCCCUCAAGGGGGGCAGGGCAAAUUCUUCCAUGUGUCCAUGGCAUCAUCACAGCCCAACAGCACCUCAGACACUCUGCAGUCCAUCACAUCAGGCAACUGGGAUGUUACACACCUUCUGGCCUACAACGAGGACAGCCAGCUAAUAUACUACGUGAGCACAGAGGAAGAUCCCAAACGUCGCCACCUGUACAGUGCAGAGACGGUCGGUUCCUUCACUCGGCUCUGUCUCUCCUGUGGGGUUACAGACGCCUGUGGAUUCGUGAGCGGCUCCUUCAGCCACAACAUGACCUUCUUCCUGCUCCACUGUAAAGGACCUGGUGUCCCAUUUGUAUCCAUCUACAGAACCAAGGACAGACAGAAGCUGUUGGACAUCGAGUUGAACCUGAAGCUCCGGAGCACUGUAGACUCCAUGCAGAUGCCCCGAGUCGAGUACAGAAAGAUAGACAUGGAGGAUUACACUCUGUCGCUGCAGAUCCUCAAACCUGCUGGCUUCAUAAACACGGCACAUUAUCCUCUACUGCUGCUCGUGGAUGGGACUCCAGGAGGACAGGCUGUGUCGGAGCGGUUCCAGGUGGACUGGGCCACGGUGUUGGUCAGCAGUUUGGGUGUGAUCGCUGUGCGCUGUGACGGUCGUGGCAGCGGCUCUCAGGGCUCCGAGUUCAUCCACACGCUUGACCAGGAGGACCAGCUGAAGGCUCUCAGCAUUUUAGCGAAAGAGCCGUACAUCGACAAAACCAGGAUCGGCGCUUUUGGACAGGUGUAUGGAGGACACAUCACCAGCCUCCUGCUCAGCUCUGAGGCCUCCGUACUGAAGUGUGGAGCUGUUCUCUCACCCAUCACUGACUUCCGACUCUAUGCAUCGUUUUUUUCUGAGCGAUAUUUUGGCCUUCCAUAUCCAGAACAUCAAGCGUAUGAGAUGUUCAACUUCAAACAACGAGCGUCUCAGUUUGUCAAUAAGAAGUUUUUGAUCAUUCACCCGACUGCAGAUGAAAAAGUCCAUUUUCAGCAUACUGCUAAAUUCAUUUCGGGGUUAAUCAGUGGGAAGGCAAAUUACAGUCUCCAGAUUUAUCCAGAUGAAGGUCACUUCCUGCACAGCGAGGCGGUGAAGCGGCACCUCAGUCAGUCCCUGGUCCACUUUUUUGAAGACUGUUUCAGCCGAUCAGACGAAAUGUUUGAAGAUGAUCCAGAGGAAAAGAACGAAGUCCAGGGUUAGCGUCCUGUGGCUCACGCUGUUCACACACAAAGCGACUCGUUCUGUUAAAGAACUCAGACUUUGUUUUUAACUCAGCUUGCCUUCCAAGGACAUCAUCCUCAUUUAUUCUGCUGUACAGAGAAUUUCCCUCUGUGGACGUUUUCCUCUUACCUCGCUGCUCCUGUCUCUCUCUUCUGCGUGGACCAAUGGUGGCUUUGCUAUCUGAAAACGACCGUGGUCGAAAAGGACGGUCUGUCUAUCACUUUGAUUGAUGGGUUACUCUGAUUAACUGACUGCUGGCAGCAAGGAAUAUGACCAAACCAAACCCCCGACACAGUGUUCAGACUAAAAGCAGGAUGGGAUUUCUGGCACACAGUGUGUAGACUCAGUGGGAACACUCUGUUCAUCCAGCUGCUCUGGGACUCACUGUUUUUCUUUUUUGUUUAGAUAUGGUGGAUGGAGGUUGGUUUGCGGUCAUGGUUGUACUUCAGAAAGUUCUUAUAUCUUAUUGUGUUUGUGUCUGUGGCUCUGAUGUAAAGUAACAAAAGAAAUGAAAUAUUAACUUGGGUAUCGAUAAAAAAAAUGUUUUCUUUUUCA